CUGCGCUUCCCUCCACCUUCGACUCUGGCGCAGGCUAAAUGUUAGUGAAUCUGCCGAUACUACUCCUCCGCCUUCCAACUCACCUUCUCAACAGUUGAGGUUGAAGAACUCAUACAUGCCAAAUAGCUUCAGAUGUGACCGAAAACCAUGGCAAGUUAAGAUCGGCAUAAUCACAUUGGUGGGAUCUUGAGCGGCUCUGAAAUAACACGCCCAUGGCCAGAAAGAAGCGCCAGAGGAUCAGCUAUGUCCUGCCUCUGGCAAGUACGCCCGGUGGGCAUAGACUCGGAGUGAACGGUUUGGCCUUCGACGACGAUCGAUCUAUUUUAUAUACAGGCGGACGAGAUGGCGUUGUAUGCGCAUGGGACCUAGACCUCGAAGCCCAGAAACGAAGUAUAGACUCGAACAAGAGGGGAGAUAAACAGAGCACGGUUACCUUUCGCAAACAAGUACAGGCACACACACACUGGGUGAAUGACAUUGUCCUGGUCAAGAACAACUUGGGAUUGGUGUCAGCUUCGUCGGACGUCACCGUCAAGCUAUGGCGACCCCAUGGACACGAGACAAUGCAAGCAUAUACAAUUGGAUCUCACAGUGAUUAUAUCAAAUGCCUUGCGACACCCGAUCAGCAAGCAAACUGGGUUGCCUCGGGCGGCCUUGAUCACAAGAUCUGCCUGUGGGAUCUGAACGGCUCUGGGAAGACGCUGGAGAUUAACGUGAGCGAAGCAGAAGAUGUCGUCAAGGGCUCGGUCUAUGCCCUUCGCGCACGAGGGUCGAUGCUGGCAAGUGGAGGGCCGGAGAGCGUGGUACGCUUGUGGGAUGUCAAGUCCGGCAAGAGUAUCACGAAGCUCGUUGGACACACUGACAACGUGCGAGAUAUCCUUAUCAGCGACGACGGUGAUACGUUGCUCACGGCUUCCUCGGAUCAGACCAUCAAAGUCUGGUCCAUUGCAGCCGGUCGAUGCAUACACACUCUGACUAUGCACAACGACAGCGUAUGGUGCAUGUAUUCGAACGACCCUAACUUGGCCGUUUUCUACUCAGGUGAUAAAUCUGGGCUGGUUGCAAAGACCGACACCCGACGAGCUAUGGAGAUCGAUGACAGCGUGUCUGUUGCCAUCUGCCACGAACACGAUGGUAUUUCUCGUCUUAUGCCGGCUGGUGACUCCGUCUGGACAGCCACCUCAAGUUCCAGUGUCAACAGAUGGCUUGACGUUGACACUGAACUGGAGGUCGAGACUCCACCUCCAUCUCCGCGCGAGGAACGUCGUGCCAGUCUCAAACAGCCCACUGAUGAGACAGAGGAAGUUCCAGUCGCCAACGGUGUGAGCCACAAGAAGAAGAUACCACACAACGCGGUGUUACUGGUCUCGAACACGGCAGUCCACCCAGGUCGAAAGACUCUAGGCAGUUAUCCCAACACGUCAGUGACUAAUAUCAGGAAGGCGUCUGAAGCCAUGACGAUGGACGAUUUAAGCAUCGUUGUGCCUAUUCGCGGACAGCCUGCAGAGACGAUCGAGGGUCAACAUGGUCUCAUUAAGCAUGUUAUGUUGAACGAUCGCAAGAGGAUACUUACCUUGGAUACCGCCGGUGAGGUUGUCCUAUGGGAUUUACUGAAGUGCAUUCCCAUCAAAUCCUUUGGCCGCCGACACCUUGACGAGGUUGUUCCUGAGGUCAACACCACCGAAAGCGUUGCCAAUUGGUGUGGCGUUGACACGAAAACGGGCAAAAUCACAGUCAUGCUCGAGGAGAAUUAUUGUUUUGACGCCGAAGUCUACGCGGAUGAGCUUGAUCUAGAUAAAGAUCUGGUCUUCCGCGAAGAUCAGAGAAUCAACCUCGGUAAAUGGGUGCUACGAAACCUGUUCGCGAAGCUCAUCGAGGAAGAAAUAGUCCGUGAUGAGGCAUAUCGAAGCACUCUUCGCAGUGCCUCCGCAGCCACAGGCCUUAUUCGACCGGGCGCGCCAACAAGCAUCGCCAUGCCUGACUCGUCAUCAGCUACACCCAUGGUAUCACCAGGCCAAUCAGCGACACCGCGAGCGUCUAAUGGACAUGCUCUUGUUCCUCCCACACCAAGCUUAGCAAUCGGAGCUGCUACGCCGGGCUUCGCACCAUUGAAUACGACACUCCCACCUACAGCUGAGGAAGACCUGGAACGGACCACCACUAACGGUGUCUCUUCACCUGUGGCGCCCACCCCUUCGGCCGCAGAGGUGCAGACAGAUUACUUCUCUUCCACAAACCGCUCCGAAGGCUCCUCUGACCGCGAGCACGAUCACGAGCAUGCGAAGUCUGCUGAGACACCUGGGGCAGAUGCCGGACCUCUGACUCCAGCGUCCCCAACAGAGGAGAAGAAAAAGGGUCUAUUUGGGAAGAAGUUCCCUAUGACGUUCCCCAAGAAGAUGUCACGUACAUCGGCGGAAGUCAAGCCACCGAUCGCGGUAGAAGAGAAGUCCGAUACAGCCAGCUUCAAGUCCAAGGCUAGCGAGAAGGACGAAAGCAAGGUUGUCGAAGAUAAUUUGUCCGGCGUGAUUGAAAAGAUUCGUCAUGAAUAUGAUGAGUACUCCGGCGAGGGUCCAAUUCCAAUGGGUAUCACGCCGAGCUUAUCGAUAGAGACGCCUGUGCUACGGCCCCCAGAACACACGACUAUUAUCAUCCAGGAAGAUGACCCUGCUAGUGGCGGGCUGGCGGAUCAGUACAGUGGUGAAAUUGGGGAAUUGGGUACGAAGGAGCAAGUCGACCUACUUGAGAAGAUUGCGCCCAUGUGGCUUGGGGAGGUACUCUUGAAGAACCAAAUCCCAUACAAAGACACGGUGAAAGUCUCAUUCGUCCUACACCCCUACGAUAAUCAACUGCCCAGUAUCGCAUCGUCUGAUGGCAACGCACGACUCAAUGCUAACCGCAUGCUUCGCGCGAAAAAAAUCAUGGCGUAUGUGGCUGAACGGAUUGAAGUUCAAAGCACACCACCCGGAGCAUCGCAAGUCCAUUCUCCUUCUCACACCAGCAACAAUCACGAGCACACUGAAGAUGGCCAUGAACAUCCUAACGAUCAUGAUGACGAGCAUUCUCAAGACGAAGGACACGUGAGUGAAGCCGGAAGUCACGAGGAAGCGAAGCAUGUCGAACCCGACCUUGAACAGGAGAGGGAGCCAGAACAAGGAGAAGACCUCAAGGCGGAAGAAUAUCUUGAGUUGUAUUGCCAGGGGCAAAAGGUCGAUCCAAACACCACACUCGCGACAUUACGUGUGCAUGUAUGGCGUACGGGUGGCGAUGUUGUCUUGUUUUAUAAGAGUAAUGGGAGGAAGAAGUUGAGGGUGCCACAUCCGGCGACUGUGCCGAGUCGAGAGGAAAGCGAGGUUGCCACGGGGGUGAGUUAAGGCCCUAAUCUCACGGUCUUCGACAGUAUGGUGGUAUUUCGUGGGCAUUGAUGAGACGGUGGCAUUGGGAUGAGAGCUGGGUAUGGCUGCUUGAAAUGGAUCUGGUGAGGCAUGAUGGUAUUCUCUUUGUCGUAAAGGUCAAGAGAUUCAAGAGCUAUGCUGAAGAGGUAGGUAUUCAGUACGAGGACGAGGAGUACUACAGUAUAUAGUUAUAAAAAGUAAGUCAGUCACUGUCAAUAUGGAUUAAAAUUAUAUUUUUA